AUGGCCAUUGUCCUUGAUGCUUUCGCUUCCUACGUCGGCGAGCUGCUCAAGCAGGCGACCCAGGAUGAGCUCAACCUCCUCUUCGGUGUCCCCGGCGAGAUUGCCAGCCUCGAGGACAGGCUACACAGCCUCAGGGACUACCUCGCCGACACCGAGAGACGCCGCAUCACCGACGAGAGCGUGCAGGGCUGGGUCAGGGAGCUCAAGGACGCCAUCCGCAUCAAGGCGCUCAAUGCCAGGCUCGACGCCAUCUCCAAGUCCGCCUCCGCUUUUAGCUUCCUCAAGCUAGAGGCCUACGAGGACAUGGCGGUGUCCCGGCGGUCCAGCGCCGCGGACCCCCGCAAGACUGACCCGGUGCUGGAGCGGUCGGCCGUGGUCGGAGAGAAGAUCGAGGAGGACACCAGGGCGCUGGUGGAGAGGCUCACCAACGGCAAGAACGCCAUCAUCAUGAUGGUUGCCGUGGUGGGCACCGGCGGCAUUGGCAAGACGACGCUGGCGAAGAAGGUGUUCAACGACGAGGCCAUCCAGGAGGCGUUCGACAAGAAGAUAUGGCUGAGCGUAACACAAGACGUCAACGAGGUGGAGCUCCUGAGGACGGCAAUCAAGUCCGCCGGCGGAGGCAACGCUGGGGACAUCAACAAGACCCUGCUGGUGCCGGCGCUGGUCGACACCAUCAGGAACAAGAGGUUCUUCCUGGUGCUCGACGACGUGUGGAGCGACAGAGCAUGGAACGGCCUCCUCAAGGCGCCCUUCAGCCAUGGCGCCGCCGGCAGCCGCGUCCUCCUCACCACCCGCCACGACACCGUCGCCCGAGGAAUGCAAGCCGUGCACCCCUUCCACCACGUCGACAAGCUGAGCACUGAAGAUUCCUGGUCACUCCUCAAGAAACAGGUCAGGAUCAACCAUACUCCAUACGCGCUCGAAAUUGAUGACACGCUCAAGGACAUCGGAAUGGAAAUAAUACACAAAUGCGAGGGAUUACCUCUCGCUGUAAAAGUAAUGGGAGGACUGUUGUUCAUUGGCAUGUGGGUAAGCGAAGGAUUUCUUCAUGGGGACACCGAUGAUUUAGAAAAAUUAGGAGAAGCUUGUUAUAAGGAGUUAAUUGAUAGAAACCUAAUAGAGCCGGAUACAGAUUAUGCUGGCCAACUCAAGCACUUGAGGUAUAUAUUCAUAAAAUGCAGGGACAUAGCUAGACUGCUACGGAACAUCAGCAAGCUCAAAUUAUUGCAGUACCUUGAGAUUGUGUCUGAAAAUUCGGUCAAACUUCCUGAUAGCAUUGUAAAGCUAGGGCAGCUUAGGCAUCUUUACCUUCCAGGUAUAACCAUAAAUGGCAUGCCCAGACGGUUCAGUGAACUGACAAAUUUGAGGCAUUUAUACAGGUUUCCCUCACAAGCAGAUAGCGACUGGUGUAGUUUACAAGAGUUGGGGCCUCUUGCUCAGCUCCGCGAACUUUCACUAAUAAAUCUAGAGAAUGUACCUGCUACCUCCUUAGCUACAAAGGCUAGGCUUGUUGAGAAAUCACAUCUUAGCUUUUUGGGAUUAUACUGUAGCAGUAGACUUGAUGAUGAUGGAUUGGUAGUAGAUGAAGGCGUCCCCAAGGAAGAGGAGCGACUAAUCGAGGAGGUAUUGGAUGAGCUUACCCCACCUCUCUGCCUAGAAAGCAUUAGCAUCACUGGCUAUUUCGGAGAGCGAUUACCAAGGUGGAUGAUGUCAAGAGCAGCAGGUGCAUAUGAUAGGUUGUCCAUUGUGAUGAUGAAUGACCUAGCCUAUUGCACCCAGCUCCCUGAUGGCCUUUGCCGGCUCCCAUCUUUGCUCUACUUUAGUGUUAGCGGUGCCCCAGCAAUCAAGCGUGUUGGCCCUGAAUUCUUGAUUAUACAACCAUCAUCCAGCCAACGUCACCAUGCCAAUGCAUUCCCGAGGUUGAAGGACAUGAAGUUGUUAAGAAUGGUGGAGUGGGAGGAGUGGGAAUGGGACCAGCAACUGAAUAUUGUGCAGACAAUGCCUGCUUUGGAGAAGCUUAUGCUCAAAAAAUGCAAGCUGAAAUGCAUUCCUUCUGGUCUUUCCUCACAAGCAACAGCACUGAGAAUCAUGGACCUAGUUGAAAUCAAGCAGCUCAACUCUGUAGAGAGCUUUGCUUCUCUUGUCGAGCUUAAUUUGAUUAAUAACCCCGACCUAGAGAGGGUCCUGUCUCUCCCCAGGUUACGCAGGCUUGUCAUCAUCAACUGCCCAAAGAUGAGGGCAUUGGAAGAGGUGCCUGAGCUACAGAGACUGGUGCUUGAGGACUGUGACAUGGAAGAGCUCCCAGGAUACCUGCUAAAGGAUGCAAGCCCUAGGCAUCUGGUUCUGUACUGCAGCUUAAAAUUAUUGACAUCCAUAGCAGCAAAAGAAUCUGCUUCAGGGUGGAGCAAGUUAAGCCAUGUCCAACAGGUCAGUGCAUACACUGACGGGAAGCAGUGGCAUGUGUUGUACACGAGAGAUCCUUACAUCUUCGAGACAAAUAUCAGCAACAGCUCUUCUUCUUCCAAUUAAUUCUGCUGCAGCUUUAGAGGAUGGAGAGGAAUAGGACAAAUACUUCUACAGCUCAGGGUAUCCAAGGGGAUAGCCUGCAGCCAUCCACCGUGGAAGCCAUUUCCAUGAGACAUUAGUCAAUGUACAAGCUACGUUGCUGCAGCACCACUUUGUCAACCCAACAGAAGCUCCACUACUGUCGGCAAAUCUGUUUACCUAACACUCGUAGUGAUCUACAGCUCUGUACUUGAAACAGUUUGUGUUUUGUAUAUUUUCCCUUUAAUGUAAGCUUGUCAAUACACCUAGAUAUGCUACUAAUCCCUGAAAUGUUAACUGAAAGAAACAAAUAUAUUACUA